GGUAGGUUUUUCCGACGAGCUCUCCACUGAAAACGUCAAAAACUCGUAAUUUCCCCAAACAUAGCCGUCGUUUUUGUUAGGUGUGUAAGCGACUUCCUGUACAACAUUAAAGAUGCAGAACGACUCUGGAGAAUUCGUGGACCUUUACGUCCCACGGAAAUGCUCUGCUAGCAACAGAAUCAUUGGAGCAAAGGACCAUGCCUCCAUCCAGAUCAACAUUGCAGAGGUUGACAAGGUGACCGGUCGCUUCAACGGUCAGUUCAAGACCUACGCUAUCUGUGGCGCCAUCCGCAGAAUGGGUGAGUCUGAUGACUCCAUCCUGAGGCUCGCAAGGGACGACAGCGUUGUUGCCAAAACCUUCUAAGAGCGGAGCUGGAGAAGUGGAACAUUUGUAAAAAUAAAAAUGUUAAAAAAAAACAACA